AUGGGGGCCCUCCCGGACAGUGCUCUAAGCUACUAUGCAAAGAAUCCGGAGGCAACGUUUACUGAAUACCUGGCCGAGGUCAUGGCCGGCCUCUCCCAGGUGAAAUUCACGGAUUCGCUCCGUGGACAAGAUAACCUCAUUGUCCCGCUGGUUCAAAUCGAGUCGGCAACCAAUCUGGCUCCCCACGGACUGGGUGGUAAUUGGAUAUUACAAGUGUCCGAAACCACGGUUCUGAAAGUCGGCUGGAGAGUUACCAUGCCUGAAGCGGAAGCAUUGAUCCUCCUCGCCGCGAAAACAAUUGUGCCAGUGCCAACGGUCCUCAGUGCGUACAUGAUAGGGGAUGUAGGCUUCAUUCUCAUGACCAAGAUCGAGGGCGGAUUGCUUGCCUCGUGCUUGGACACCAUGUCUCGUGAGGAACUGCAGGGUAUUGCACGUCAAUUGAAGUCCUAUAUUCUCGAAUGGCGGGAGCUGCGCAGUUCCUUCUUGGGCACGGUGACGGGCGGGCCGUGUCAGGAUAUUCUCUUCAGGCACCCAUGGGACUACAAGUCUACCAAACAGUAUGGACCUUUCCAUUUCUUCACGCAGUACAGAUAUGCUGUUGUGGAAGCCCUCCGGCUGUCAAGACCUGAAGGGGUCUGGUAUGAGAAAGAGGAGAAGCUCAAGGAGAGGAUUCUGUCUUUUGGUGAUGAGAGAACUACUCCUAUUCUAGGAGUUAUGACGCAUGGCGACUUACAUCCAGGCAAUAUCUUUAUCAAGGACGGGGGGGUUAGUGGGAUAAUAGAUUGGGGUGAAGCUGGGUACUCGCUUCCAGAGAGGGAGUCCUUUGCUGCUAAUCGGAUUGCUAUGGAUCCAGCCUGGGUUGAAAUGAUUCACGCCUGCAUUCCUUCUUUCCCGGAGGAAAACGAGCUGUGGGAUGAAGUCGACCGGUCCAUGAUGCGAUAUUCUCCUCUAUAG